AUGGUUUUCCAAUUUGGAACCAAAGGCCCUGGAUGGUUGACUCUUACAGGGGCCGAAAUCAAGUACCUACUUCUUGCAAACUUUUGCUAUGGCUCGCAGGACGUUGACGAAUAUUAUCUGGCGCAGCUGGCGGGCGUGAAACCCGAUAGUGCUUUAGGUGGAUUCCGAAGUGCGAAGAAAAAGCUCGUGAUGUUAUGUUCUACUGAUAUGCAUCUUUUGUCGACUUUGUCAAAACAAAAGUGUGACAGCCCUACAGAAGAUACAUCCGACGAGCAGAUAAAAAAGCGUCCAAAGCACAAGAAAUCAAAGCUUUUGCCCGACGCGUCCGAUGAAGGAAGUACAGCAGAGUCUUCUGAAUCAGAGAUCGACGAGUCUCCAUCAAAGGGCCCACACCGGAAGACCAUGCACAAAGACCAUGCUAAACGCAAGGGCAAAGGCAAGAACCCAACUCUGGACACUGAAAGCGAGGAUAGCCUGAACAGCGAGGUUGAAGAAGACGAUUCCUCUUCGGAAAGCUUCAAAGUCCCAAGCAAGACCCAACGUCGGAACACCAAGCAGAAAUCUACAAAGCACAGCAGACAUACCAAAUACUCUACGAACCAUGGAGUGACAAAUGGAAGAUACAGUCCUUUCCACGCAGGUAACAAGUCCUCGUCCUCCUACGCAGAUCGUCUCACCAGCCAGCGGAAGCGUGGUUUAAAGCGUGACAGAAACCCAUACGAGUUCGAGGACGAAUUCACAGAGGAAAGUGCCGACGAGUCAUCCGGUGCAGAGAUAGCCGCCUCUUCUUCCCGUGCUAGCCACGGCAGAGUCAAGCGCAAGCGACUCGAGAAGCCCAGUGGACUGUCUGAUACUUCAGACAACGAGAGUGACAUCGAUGAAGGAGUCGGACGCCGAGCUACUCAAGCAUUUACCAAGGCCACUUCAUUCAAGAGCAGAGCCCAGACUGGAAAUCACAAGAAGGUUGACGAAACCAAUGACCUCGCUGUGUCCCCUGUUAAGGACCUCGCUCGACGAGCUAUGGACGGCCUUACUCUGGGUGCAAAUGUAUCGAAAAUCAACGCCAAGUCUCGGAAUGGGAGCCGCAAGAAGCUUGAUAAAACCAAUGACCUUGCCGGGUCCCCAGGUAAAACCCUCGUUGGAGAGGCUAUGGAUAGUCUGACUCUGGGUGGAGAUGCAUCGAAGACAGAUGGUCGCACGAGCACAAAGCAUGGAAGUGGUGACGCUAUGUAUGAGGAGAAUGAGGAACCCGAGGAGCCUGAAUCUGAUCAUGUUUCAUAUUGA